AUGUCUGAUGAGCACACGCGUUUACUAGAAGACUUUUCGAAUCUGGAGCUAAAGCAACUUGACCGUGAGACAAAGAGUCUAAAGCACAAGCAUAAGAGCAAAUGUGGUGGUAAGUAUGAUACUAAUAAAGGAGGGGAGCUGAAGCGCUCGCCGUCAUCUGUAGCAUCCCCCGGUCGUCACUACGUCCACACAAAGCGCAACAAUAAAACAAAUCGUGAAGAUGCACUUCGUGAAUUAUUAGCAGGAAAAAUUGCAGAAAUUGAAGUGGGUGGUGACGAAAAUCUCGAAGCACCAAUUGAUCUCUCGGGAAUUUAUCAGGAUGAAACACUCGCAAGACAGGUGCAAGAUAAAGCUUUGGCUCUGAUGCAAGACAAUAGUAUGCCCGUCGAGGAAAAAGUGAACGAGCUCGUAAACAGCAUGACUCAAACAAGUGAGCAGCUAGAGCUAAUGCAGAAGAAGAUCAAUGAGUUAAAUGCGAAAUGUAUCCUGCUCAAGCAGCGCAAAAGUACACUGAGUACAGAACUUGUGAAGACGAAUACUUCCAAGAGCAAAUUAGAGCAACUUUGUCGCGAGUUGCAGAAGCAAAACAAACUGAUUGUGAGCGAGAGCCGUCGAAUCGCCGAUGAAGAAGAUCAGAAGAGACGUGAACUAUCAAGUCAAUUCCAAAAAACAGUUGAAGAUGUAAGUGCUAAGAUGGAAAAACAGGGUCAGGACUACGUUGCGUCGUUAAAAGAAAACGAAAACCUUCAGCAAAAAUUAAAGACAUUCCUCGAGCAAUAUGCAGUGCGGGAAGAACACUUCAAUCGGCAGCUUGAAGCCAAAGAUCUAGCAGUUCAGCUUGCAGAAACGAAAUUGCAACACCAAGUCGAAUUGACGUCACGCGAGGCAGAGAAAGUAAGAAUUACUCUCGACAAAGCAAAAGAGUUUUCAGAGCGUGAGAUUCAAUUACAAUCGCAGCUUAAUGCAUACUCUGAAAAAUUCGACGUUGUACAAGAAACAUUAGUUAAAAGCAACGAAAUGUUUACUAACUUUCGGCAAGAAAUGGAUAAAAUGGCGAAAACAACCAAGAAGCUUGAAAAAGAAAACGUCGCGCUUCGAAAAAAAUGCGCCGAAUAUGACAGUGGGGCAAUUGCUUCCAUUCACGAAAAGGUUGCCGCUACUGAAGAGACACUGAAGCUGCAAGAAAAAGUAAAAAAACUAGAAAACUUGUGCCGUCAUCUACAAGCCGAGCGCAAUAGUGUCCGACAGGCUCAGCAAGCACAGCCCGAGACAACCUGA